UCUAGUGAUGGAUGUGUGGCUGCUACUUGCUGUUCAGAACUGCUAUGCUAAGAAAGCUGAUGCAGCUUUUCCUCAUAUUGCUCCCAACAAACUGCAGUUCUUUGAAUAUGAAUCCAUCUCUGUAGAUUGUGAGUUGGAUUACUCAUCUGAAUGGAGAGUGAUGAAGAAUUUGAAAGAAGUUUCAACAAAUACUACCCAAUGGGAAACAACAGGAACCAUUACCAUUAAACCUGCCUUUACAUCAGACAGUGGAGAAUACUGGUGUGAAAAUAAAGAGGGAGAAAGAAGCAACAGCGUCAACAUUACCAUCACUGCUAGUGAAGUGGUCCUGGAGAGUCCCGCAGUUCCUGUGAUGGAGGAAGAAAGUGUGAGUUUGUCCUGCAAAAACAAGAUGGCUGCCUCCAACCUCCCAGCUGAUUUCUCUAAAGAUGGCGUCCUCACUGGCACUGGAUAUAAAGGAAACUUCAUCAUCAACAAUGUUUCUAAAUCUCAUCAAGGAAUCUACAAGUGCAGCAUAUCUGGACAUGGAGAAUCACCAGAGAGCUGGCUGUCUGUUAGAGAACGUAUUACUAAAUCAUCUAAAGAGAUUCAAGAGAGUCCAGAGAGUCCAGACACUUCUUCAACCAACGGCUUCCCUGAUCUCUCAAUCCUUUUAUCAGUUGUCUUCAACAUUUUCUGUGUGGCUGUACUGCUCUUGGUGAUCGGACAAUAUCACUGUCAGAAAAAAAGAGUGGGCUGCUUUUCUUCAGAAAUGCCAGGAACAGACCCAGUCACACCCUGGAUGAUGGGCUGCUGGCAUGAGGGGUAUGGUUCUGCUAGGAACUGUUUUAUGGCCUGCGUUCUCCAGGAUGUAGGCCCAACUGAGCCUCUCUAUCCUCUUUCCAUGUGGAAUCCGUCACCCCAAGGUGUUCCAUGGGAGCAGAAAAAGUAGCCAGUUACUCAGCACGACAAACCUUGUCAGCAGGUACCAAUCCUAAUUCAACAGACACCAAUGUUGUCUAUUCUACAAUCCAGUAAAGGUGACUGAGAACAAAAACACAUUUCUAGGGAGAGGCUUAAAACUGGUACUUUACGUUUGCUAUUUUACAUGUGUAAGGAGAAAAAGUAUGUUACAAUUUCCAGGACUGGUGUAGUACAUUAGUGGAACUAUAAUGAUUCUAUAAUAAUAUCCAGUGCAAAAUUCACUUUGCAAUCCAAUUGAUGUUUGACAAUCAAGCACAGAGAAGCCAGCCAAAGAAGAGGAAACAAAGACCACAUUUUUAGCAUCUCCAAUGUUUUUGAGUGUCAAAUGGAGUGACUGCUCAAUGGAAGAUUAUAACUAUGAACAAACCAUGAGACAUCAAUAGACUGAACAUCACCGACUGAAUGCAACAAAGUCAGAGUGAGUGAGAGUUGACAAAAAUGUGGUACUCAUUUAGCCCCGGAUGACUUUGUGUCAGCUAGGACAGUCCUUGGUUAAUUAAGAGGAAUAUGUUGUACUAUUAUUACUUUUAGAACAAGAUUAGAGACAGUGACAGUGUGAUGUUAGGGUUAUGAGAUGAAAAGAUGGAAUGUAGAAAACAUAGAUAAGCACAGUACAGUUUAUGUUGUAUAUUGAAACUCAGUAAAGACAAGAUGGCUUAACAGCUAAAGCAACAUUGCAACUGGAAUUCAUUAUUGGAAUUAUUUAUUUAUGUCUGGAUAUUGGCAGUUUUAAGUAUCUGGACUGACAUUUGAAUGAUUAUCAACCUUCAUCUAAGAGCUUCUGCUAAUGUGCAGCAUCAGGGUCUAUUUGUAGAGUUUGGGGUUUAUUAGUGUGUGACAGUUAAACCACAUUGUUCCAUAUGUCUGUUCACAUGUCUGAAGACGCUGUUUUUCAGAACAGAGCUACUGUGGUCAACAAUCAACAUGAUGCUGUUAUAUCAGUUUGACCUGAAGCAGACACACUGCGUGACAGAUCUAUUUAUGUGCACGUGCAACAUUCAUGUCUUAUCAAAGGUGCAUCAAUUAACGUUUUCUGACUUUUAAAUAGUGUUCAUGUCAACAUCAAAGUCAUAUAUGAAUAGACAUUGAUCAAAAUUAGCUAAAGUCUUUUGUCACAGGCCAUUAAACUGAAAUGUAAUGAGUUCCACAUUUAGGUGAUUUACUACCAUCCCUCUCACAUGAUAUGAAUGUGGUGUUAUGCAAUCCUCUUCAGUUUGGAAAGUCUGAAAAUAUCAGUAUCAAUAGAUCUGUCAUUUGCUGUGACCACUGUAUAUCAUGAGAUGAAGUUUCUCAGGGUGAAAGCAGGUCGAUAUUUUUAGGGUUUUUAAACCACACCAUCUCUUUACAAUUUCAUUCUAUUUAUGAGUGUUGAACCCUGACAAACCCUGUGCAGAAAAACCACAGCGUCUCUACAGCUCAGUAAAAAAAAGGCUGUGGGUUUGUUUUAGCAACAGCAGCUCAUCGAGAGAAAUUGGGUCACGUACCGUGGUUUUGAUGCUACCAACUGUUGAAUCUUUGAUCUCUUAAAUAUAGCUAAGCUGUACAGACCUGCUAAACUUCUUGCAGAAAAGACAAACUGUAAAUGGUAACUUCAAUAAUGUAUUAAUGAGAUUAAUAACC